AAUAGGUUUUUCCCAGAUUGAUCUGAUUGCAGCCAGAGCUUUUAGGAUUUGGUUAGGGUUCCCAUUGUGGGUCUGGAUUAGUUCUUCGAAUGCUGGUUCUUUUGCUGCUCUAGGUUUGUUCAGGGGUCUUGAAGUCAUCUGUACACACUGAGAAGCGACUGUCUUGACUUUACCUGGGACCUCCAAACUAACCCCAGGUCUUAAGACGGGUUGAUCUGAGGCAAGCUUACAUAGCUUAUUGUCAGUUGCUUUUUAAAGACAGAAAGCUCAUGGUGCAAAUUGUUAUCUCUAGUGCGGGGGCUGGAGGCCUGGCAGAAUGGGUGCUGAUGGAGCUACAGGGGGAGAUCGAGGCUCGCUACAGCACCGGAUUAGCUGGAAACCUCCUGGGAGACCUACAUUACACCACUGAGGGAAUCCCUGUGCUGAUCGUGGGGCAUCAUAUCCUGUAUGGGAAAAUCAUCCACCUGGAGAAACCUUUUGCAGUCCUUGUCAAACACUCUUCUGGGGAGCAGGACUGUGAUGAGCUUGGCCGUGAGACCGGCACCCGGUACCUGGUAACAGCACUCAUCAAAAACAAGAUCCUUUUCAAAACCCGCCCCAAGCCCAUUAUCACCAACGUCCCCAAGAAAGUAUGAAAGAACCCCGGAUUUUCCCUAGA